UCUCGCACGCGGCCCCGCCCCGCCCCGCACGCGGCCGUUCGGCGUUUGGAGCGUGGCGGCGCGCGGGCCUGCGCGUUGAGGGGACGGGAGUGGGUCAGGCCCGGUCGCGCGUACCGCCGCCUCGGGCGCUGUGAGGGGCGCGCUGCCAUGCAGGAGCCGGGCAGCACCCCCCGUGCUGCUGUGGAGGAGGUGGGGGCGGGGCUGCAGGGCACCUGGCUGCAGAGGGUGACCCAGGAGUGGCCCCUGGACCCAGCCGCGCAGCCUGCCCCGCCCCUAGCGGUGGUGGCUGUGGAGCGGUACCUGGGCGGGGGUCCCGGAGCGGCUGCCUCGGCCCCCUUCUGCCCCCAGUACCACUAUGACGUGACCCUGGCGGACGGCACCUGCCAGCGCCAGUGCUACCUGGUGCCCCCCCUGCACCGCCUGGUGCAGCGCGGUGCCCUGCGGGCCGGCUGCCAGGUGCGAGUCGUGCGCUGCUCCUACCUAUACGAUGAGCGGCAGCUGGGCCGCGGCUUCUUGUGCCUGGAGCAGCUGGAGGUGGUGGGCGACCUCCCGGCUGCAGCCCUGGGCUGGAGGGCGCCACCCGCCGAGAGCUGCCGGCUGCCCCUGAAGGGCGGGAGGAAGCAUUUCCUUCCCCUGUGGAACACCGACGACCCGUACGGCGACCUGUGGGUGGUCGAGCAGCCACCGGGCCAGGUUGACGUCGAGGCAUCCAAAUUAAUCUCCCUUGGUCAUCUGGAAAUGAGCUGGAGAAGCAGAAUUCACUUCCCUCCCUUGCUUGUGAGAGUCAUGCACAAAUCUAGACUAAGGUACUAUGGGAAACCUGACAAAAGCCUGGACGUUCCAUAUCAGGCUUAUUUUGAAGUUGCUGACAGUUCAGGCAUGAUGUCAGUGGUUUUGUGGAAUUCCUUAUGUCCUGAAUGGUAUAACAGUAUAAAGGUUGGCACAGUGCUUCUACUUGAACAGUAUGCUGUCAAAACCAAUUAUGCAUGUAAAACACAGCCAACCCCAAGGGAUUCGCAGAUGAAGAGAUUUGCUACAAUUGAAAUCAGCCUGAAUUUUCGAGAUCCUCCAACUAAAAUUACUGUUAUUCCCGAAUCAGUGGUUAAACCGGAAUGGAGAUUACCUGAAGUUAAAUACCGGUUUAUAACUAGGUCAGAACUGGAUGACUUACCGAACAGUCAUUCCUGUGAUAUAAUUGGCCUUGUGACAUUUGUGGGACGGACUGAACGGACAAAAAAGAAAGGACAUGGUGAAGAUUUUUGGACAAGCCGCUGGGUACAUGUUAUUGAUGGGACCUCAAAUCAGCCAUUCAUAAUGGAAUUGUUUGCCACAUCUCAGCCAGAUGUGUUUGAACGUAUUCACCCAAUGAUGUGCUUAGUGUGUACACAGAUGAGAGUGGUACGAAACAUCACUGAACAUCCUUUACUCAUUUAUCUUACAACAUCGAAUGAGAGUCAGUUAUUCAUUACAGGGUGGCACAAAGGUCAAACAUAUACAAAGGAUACCAAAGCAAAAAGCUUUAUUACGUGGAUUAAAACUCAAAACGAAGCUGAUCUUAUGAAGAAAACUGUCAUUGGUGGAUAUUACCCUUUUCCACCAUUGCCAAAUACCUUUCUGGAAUACUGUAAAAACAAUAGAAGUAUAAAUAAAGUUGAAUCAGUCUUGAAAAUCAUAAGUGAAAUGGAGAGGGAGCUUGAAGACUUGCACUACAGGGAGCACAGGCGCAUCGCUAUUCAGGGAAUAAUUAGUGUUAUAAGAUAUGUCAGCUGUAGCAGUGCAGCUCAAGAUGCCUCAGGAGUGGAACCAGUUCAGCCACCAUCUACAACUACUGUAAAGCAUUCUAAGAAGUCCGUAGAGGAUCGUGUUAACAAGGGGAAAGACAGAAAAUGUGAAGACAAAGAAGAUCCCAGUUCACGGUGUGCUCCCCUUGAACAGCAUCACCAUGCAGCUGUGUUAACCAGAAAGAGUGCAGUCAAGAGAAAGAUCAUGCAUUGUCUAGACUUUGAAAACUUGGAUGAAUUUCACCAAGAAAAUUCUAUGUCUGAAAACGUUGGACUGGCUGUGCCAGAUGCUUCAGAGUCCUGUACUGACAAGGAAGGAACAAAUGACAUGCCUGAAAUAGAAGAGACGGGAAGGACUUGUGAUUCUUGGCAAAGUGAUCUGUGGACACGGGUGAAAGACAAAUUAACAGAACACUUGCAUCACAGCACUGUAUUCCCAGAAAGCAUCCCACAUAAAUUUGAUUAUAUGCACCAAGAUUUCCUUUUGCAGCAAUGCAACCUUCAUCCAGCAAAGCAUAAACCAGAAGAAUACAAAACAAAUAUGGAAAGCCAUGAUUUUAGCAGCACUGGCCAUUAUGAAGUGACAAUACUGGGUAUAAACCGUGAUGUAGCUAUUGAUAUUGCAUUCUUUCCUCUACUUUGUCCUGAAUAUCCCCAUUUAUUUCAAAUGGAGAAUAUUCAGAAUGGUGCAUUAUUAUCCUGUAUGAAUUGCAUCUCUGUGCAGCAACAGGAGACCACCAUCAAUGAGAGGCCUUGUGACGUGUUUCCACUUUCAGAUGAAAUUGUAAAAGCGGCAACUGGCCUAGACAAACAGCGUGUCAUCUGUAUCUUGGACAUCUGUCAUUUGGGUGAAGAUAAAGUAGAAGUCUUUCUGAGCAAAAUCUAUAGCAUAACAGAGCCUGAUGUGGUAACCCCUGUGUAAUCUAAAAAAUAAGUUAUUUUGAUGUUUGUCAGAGUUAAGCAUUUAAAGUAUUAUGAUGUCUUAUGACAGAACGUUUGUAAUGAUAGUCAAACUAUUACAAAGGAAAGCUUGGUCCUUUGUAUCUGAAAGCAUUAGAAAGAGUUACAAACACGGUUGGUUGCUGUUGCUUUUGUAUAUACUGCAUUGGAUGAAUCAACAUCUGUCAGCACCCAACUGACAGAUUUAUUUUUGUUUAUAUAUAUACAUUCGACAAUUAAGCAAACAGACUGGCUGAGUAAUGGAAUAUUGAAACGCAUUCUGUCUGCUUUCAAUAGGACUGGUUUGCACAUAUGCAGCAGAAGAAUUUAGUUUUAAAGCACCCAAGUGAUUGUCCAUAGCUCAUUGGACCCUACCAUCAUUGCUGUGUGGCAGCUUGUGGGCUUGCUCGCGUGCAAUGUUCUCAGUUUAACUCCAGGAGAAGAAGUUGCUGUGACACAAACUGACCAUGUGCAUUGCCCCAUUGCUUGUUGUUUUGGUUUGGUAGAGCCCAAGAAGCUAAUUUGGGUGUGAAACAAAAUUAUGCUUUAUUCUGUAGAAAACAGAUUUUAGAGAGAGGUUGGCUAGCUGGUAGGGAGAAACGUUCCCUGCUGCCAACAACUUUUCUGUGGAUAGACCUUAGAUCUUCAGUGGUUUCAGUUCUGCUGUCUAAUAUAAAUUACUUUAAAUAAACAAGGAGUGACUUCUUUGUAUUGAGUAUAUUAUAAUCUGGUAACUAGAUGUGCACUUAAUAUGUUGUGAUGGAUAUCUACAUACCUGGGGCACCAGGUCUAAGUUUGAAAAUGUUGUCAGUGUACUUAGAGCAUCAUCCCUGCUACAGGUAUGUGUUACAAUGUUACAUUUUUUAAAAAAUCUGCUAACAGUGUUGUUUUUGAAUAAAAGUUGUUAUUUAGGUAGAUCCACGUAUCUUUUUUCUUUCUGUUUUGCAUUUUAUAUUUUAAGUACAAGAUUUAAUGUAAGCUCUAGGGCUAAGAAAGAGACUAGCCUCCAAACUGAGCCAUGCUGACUAUGCCAGCAGAUUUUUUUUGUACAGAGUUGCCGUAUUUUGAGUAGUUCUCAUAACACCCUUUUGAUGCAGUAUAGCCCAGGAAAGUGCUGCAUGGUUCUUAAAGUAUUGUGCUAUUCAAAAAGGCUCAGGACAAAAUAAAAAGACAGUGUACUAUAGGUUAGCAAAAAACUAUUUUGUAAAGGGUCCUUUUUGUUUCACCAUCCAUUUCAUUCAGUGUUGCUAAUGUUAAGAAACUAAAGUCAUAUCCAUCAUGAAACUCGUUUAAAAUCAUAAUGCUUUGUCAUAUCUCUCGUACCCCAGGAUCACACAGGGCUUUGUAGAACCUCUGCAUAUUGAAGGAAUCAUUUUUUCACUGCUGAAAUAAAGCUACUGCUGAGUUUAAAUGUCA